AUGGCUCACAAUGGCGUUAGCAGGCUUCUCCGCCACAGGAGCUGUCUGCAACAGCCCUCGACUCUGUUCAGACAGAUCAGAAAUAAGUCGACAUCUGCAUCCACCGCCGGCGUACCGUCAUUCGGCCCUGUCUCCACGCCGACGCUCGAAAAGCAAUUGAACUAUGUACGAGAACAUCUCUUCGUGCCGAUGUAUAUGACAGAGCAUCAAAGACGAUUGAUGUUCCGGACGCGAUACCGCGACAGACUGGUUGAAGAGCAGGUCAAGGUGACGAUCGGCGACGAGGAGUUUACUCUUUAUCCCAGGAUACGACAGGAGCUGCCCGACAGGGAAACCGUUUUCGCAACGAUGGAGGAGAUGAAGACGCCAAAGGACUGGGAGAACUUGAUCCCUCUCUUGAUCGGCUUGCGCAAGUCACACUUUGCCGUCCACCGCAAUAGCUAUGAGAAGUGGAUUCGACUGGCUGGAAAAUCGGGGGCCACUGCUGUCAUCCUCGAACUCGCAAAGCAAACAAGACGGACUGGUUUUACGCUGGCGGGCUACGGUGUCGGUCUCCAACUGGCGCUGUCGCUUUACCAGAGGGCCGAAUCUGCCGGUUUCAAGGGCGACGUUGUGACCACUGCAUUGCGCCAGGCCGAGCAGGCAGCCCAUAUCAUGAACACCCCGGAACACACCAACAGCGACCCUCUUCUCGAUCCGAAACGCCAGCCAUGGUUUAUUGGCACCUGUCUACAACUGAGCGCUGCUCAGGCGCUCGAGAAUGGCGGGGAAGAUGUCGACAAGAAAGUUGCAUCGUAUGCCCGGAAACUCAUGGGAAAUUGGCCACUUGUCAAGCUAGAAAGUGCGUCGGACAAAUGGGGACACCGAGACGAACUUUUGCAGGAAAUUGUUCCCGUCCGGACUGGCCUGGCGACGGCUCUGCAAGUGGAUUCUGUCUCUAGCGACAAAAACCUCAGAAAACAGAUCCAACAGCGCCUGAAGGUGCUCGACGAUGUCAUCUCUGAGCAAAUGAGCCACCUUCCUCCUCAGUAUCAGGAAAAUCCAACAAGAGGUGCAUCGUUCGUCAAAGCUACGCCGGUUCAGUGA